AUAUCUGCCAAGAUCAAAAGCAACAUUGUUUAUAUUACUAUAUCAACAUCAUUCAUCACAUCAGCUUACCUUGACUUGCUUGACCAAGAUUUCGAAAGCGAUUUCCGAAAUGCAAAAUGUCAAUCGCUUUCAAUCAGCUGUCGAUUUUUUAUUGAAGAUAUAAUUUAUUGAAUUGUUAUUUGCCAAUAUAAUGUGCGUUGUUAAAUGAAAGGUGUGGCGUUUAUUGUGCGGUUAAAAUUACUAGCACGGUGGUGUUAGCGUUGGGAGGCGGUUUGUGCGUUGGGCGAUGGUGGGCUGGAAGUGGAAGUGAGGGUACGGAAGGGUCUGAAGGUGGCACGCAGGCAUGCGGCGGUAUGGCGGGCGAGGCUGCGGGCACGUCGCGCGGCCUCCGAGUCUACAAGAUCGUGGUGCUCGGCGACGGCGGGGUGGGCAAGUCCGCGGUCACGCUGCAGUUCGUAAGCCACAGUUUCCUGGACUACCAUGACCCUACUAUAGAAGACUCAUAUCAACAGCAAGCAGUGAUUGACGGGGAGCCAGCCCUUUUGGAUAUAUUGGAUACAGCUGGCCAGGUGGAGUUCACAGCGAUGCGUGAGCAGUACAUGCGGUGCGGGGAGGGCUUCGUGCUGUGCUACUCCGUGACGGACCGGCGCUCGUUCCGCGCGGCGGCCGAGUACCGGCGGCUGCUGGCGCAGGCGCGGCCGUCCGAGCGGCUGCCGCUCGUGCUGGUCGGCAACAAGCUGGACCUGGCGCCCAGCUGUAGACAAGUGAGCACAGAGGAAGGCAAAGCCCUGGCGACACAAUUAGGAUGCCCCUUCUUCGAAACUUCAGCGGCUUUGAGACAUUUCGUUGACGACGCCUUCCACGCGCUUGUAAGAGAGAUACGACGAUUGGAACGACAGAGACAGUCAUCACUGCUGGGCACGGGUAUAUCGUCAGGCGGAGGUCGGCGGCGCUGGCGCAGACUACGCAGCAUCUUUGCGCUAGUGUUCCGACGCCGGCGCCGGCAUCAGCCCUAACUGUAUAUCUAUAAUACAUCCACAUCUUUGCAGUAAGCCCCAAUAGCCCUUAUUAUAUCUAUUUUAAAAUUCAUGCAAUUAGCCCUUUAUGUACUAACCGCAAUAUAAUCGUCCGUCUUAAUCUAAACAAGGCAAUAUUCCAACGAAAUGGUUGAAUAUAAAGUAUUAAAGAUUAGAAACUGUCAUUUGUAGUGUAAAUCAUUGAAAAUAACUAGUUAUUAAAGUUAUCGGCUCACAAGGGAAUAUGUAUGUUUAAAUAUAAUUAAAAAAAAGUGAGAUAAAUCUGCGCUAUGCAAUGGUUGGACCACAUAGUCGUAUUUGAAUUACUUAAAUUGCAUAUAUAUUGCAGUUUUCGCCUAUAUAUGGUUUAUAAUUGGUCCAACCUUAAAUUUAAGUAGACAGGUGCGUCCUACCCUCCUCUACCUCAUUGAUGUAACUUUUUAAAACUUUCUACCAAAUCUACCAUUUUGCCAUCUUGAUAAUGGCAAUAUUACUUUUAUUAAUAGCCAUAUUGAUCAUUGUUUAGUAGUUUAGUUCAAUGGCAAUCUUUUUGUUGUAUUGGUCCUCUAGAAUCCCUUGUAUUUGUGGUUCUAAUAAAAACAGUAUUGUUUUUGAUAUAGAAUAAUUUAGACAACUAUAAUAAAAAUGCAAGGCCUAUCUUUGCCUUCCAAUAAUUUUAGUGAAAACUUGAUUUUAAUCUGUCCAUUUAAAUCGAUCUCUUUUGAUUUAAAUCAGUUACAGCACAAUAUCAAGCCCUUAUUGCACCAACGAUCAUUGCCCGUGUUAUUUUUAAAUCUAUAAAACUCGCUAAAACAGACUAUUGCAAUGGAAUAAAGUUUAAGGUCGAAGUGGCCUAGACACUUGAUAAUUAUGGUCUUCUAUUCAUAUUAUAUAUAAAUAUAUAUAAUUAAAAAAGAAUUUUCUUUACUAGAUAACUUAAUUUUCUUUUAAACUUCAGUAGGAUGAAACUUGCUGAUAAUGGGAAAUUGCAAAGUUCCUUAGAAAACCCCUGAAUUAGAUUAGAAUGGUGCAUAAGUUGGUGCAAAUUGGAAAAAAAUAUAGUAUUUUAUAUGUUGUUUAGUCAUCUUAUGUAUGUUUUACUGCCCUAUAGUAAUAACAAGCAUAGGAUAGCUCUGGCCUCAGCAUAUUUACAGAGUAGACAAAUAUAGAGACGUAGCUUUUUACAUUCUCAUGCGGAUACGCAGUCACACCAUUUUGUCAUACUAGUGCAACACAGAAGAACUACAUGUAAUUUUGUAUGAAAUAUGAAAUUGGAGUUCUAUCAUAAGCUGGUAGGCUGGUUUAUUCGCCUCUCGAAAUACAUAUCUGGAUCUGAAGACCUGUGACCAUUAUAAAAGUAAUGUAUACCCGAAUUAAUAUAAUACAUUCCGAUCAUAAAGAUGGAUUCUUAUCUUAUGUUUUAAAGUUAUAUCAUCAUUUCAUUCGAUCAGGAGCAAAAAGUGUAUGUAUUGUAUAUGUAUACUUUCUGUAUCUGAAAUGAUAAAAUUAUCAUAGUUUCAGAUAAAUAAAGAACAUACUUUUUUCUUAAUCAUUUUUCGAUAUUUUAAUUAUUUAACAAAUAAUAUAUUUCGGUCAAUAACCAUAUUUUUGAGAGUGUACAGUGUCGUAAUUGUAUAAAGCUUUACCUCUAUAUUCCUCUCCUCUAGGGGGUCGGGUUCCAAUCCGACGAAGCAAUAAAUUAGAAGUAAUUACGUGUCGAAUCCAUAUAUUUAUUGUAUAUUAAGUUCAGCCAUUGAUUUCUUUAAGAGUUUAAAUGUUAGCUUGUAUACCAGAUAUAGUAUGUCAUAGAGGACCGAGUAGGGGAUUUGAAUCCUAUAAAUAUUACUGCGAAAAAGAAUGAUGGUUAAUUUGAUUAAAGUAAUUGACGAUACAUCAUUGAUUUUUGGAGAUUUAACAAUAAAAUAAUAAUGCAAUAAAAAUUACGCAAACCAUCAUUCUGUGAGAGUAUAUCGCAUGGCGCUUGUUCACUUGUAAAGAUCUUGAGGUCGGUGUAUUGCGUAUUGCAGAGUUUAAUUUUCGCAUGAGAACUGACAAUGUCCAAUGUUAUUUUCUUUUUACAUUUUUGAUUUCUUUAUGGAGGUUAUCACCUUAGUGCUUUAACCUCAACAUUGCGUACAAUUCUACACAAUCUGUGCCGCAUCUGCAAUACGCAAGUACAAAGUAGCAGUGAUAUGCCAUAAAGAAGGCAACACGCGUGUGAUACCGCUGGUGUUGAAGGCGUUGAUUGAUGGUAAGUAGUCACCACACCAUUGUGGUGACUACUUACCAUCAGAUGGGCCUAAUGCCUGCAGUGUAAAAAAUAUAUGUGUAGUGUGAGUUUUAAAAAUUCGAUUGAGUUUACUUUUCGCAACGCAUACGUCCCAUACGUCGCUCAAAAUUUUGACGUUUUAUCAGACAAGUGAACCAGCUCCAUAAAAACGGCCAUAAAAUCCAAUAACCAAAGUAUAUUUUUUGAUUAAGUUACCAGAGUGAUUGAAGUUUUAAUCGACCAUGUUAUAUUAACCUUGCGAGUACAAUUUAAGUAAUGUAAGUGUAACGAGCUCUUUAAAGGUUUCGCAUGUUACAUCGGCUCAGAAUAUAAUAUUAUUGGUAAGUUAUGACGCCAGAGGGCAGCACUAUGCUAUAGCUAUAAUUACAGCCUCCAAAGUAUAACAAAUGACACUUGUGCACUGUGUGCGUAGUGCGACUUUGCUAGUUACAUCUCACCGAGGCGAUUCGCAGUGAGACGCAGCUAACCAAUCACAGUGCGCCGUUGUGACGCAACAAACAAUCUUGACGCAAAUCUAUCUUUCUACCUGUCCCUAUGUAUGCAUAGAUAUUUAAAACUACGCAACGGGUUUUGACGCGUUUUUUAAGAUUCAAGAGGAAGGUUGAUAUGUAAAUAAUGUGCAAAAUAUUGUACCUGUGCGAAAACGGGGCGGGUCGCUAAUUCGAAUUAUACAAGAAUAGCGAAGAGCGCUAAUAUCUUCUGUUCGUCAUCGUGUGGCCGAUUUUACAACGUCCAAUCUGGCCCUUUGUAGAGAUGGUCCGGAAAGUUGUAAGAAAUGUUCUAUUUCAUUUGGCCACACUAGCUCACUGUCUUUCUUUUCUUUGUCUUUGUUAUGUAUCACGGCAAAGCGUGGUUUUUGCUGGUGCUGCCAUCUGUAGAACCUUGCAUAGUAUUCCAUAUUAUGUGAGAAAUAGACCUUAAAAACAUAAUUCAUAAAAUCUAACAAACGCUAUAGUAUAGGCCUUUAGGUAUUUUAGAAUAUGUAUUUUCUCAUUUCAAUAUUGAAGAGAGAUGAAAGACAUAUUUGAUCAAAAUUUUUGGCAAUAUCUUGUUAGGUUUUAUAAAUUAACUGGAUAAUAUUUCCAAAUUAUGACAAAAAAGCAAUUCGGGUUAGUAAAUAAACGACAGUGCUCAGCCGAUGUGAUGUGCGAACACCUUGUGUCUGUGUGACAGAGACAAAAACAGCAAUAACUAUAGUAUAUUUAAUAUUUAUAUAGUAAUAUAUCCAUGUGUACGUAUUUUAUUCGUCGAGGUGUCGGUUGGAUGUUGUAACGUAAUCAUAGUUUGAUACGCACAAAUUUUAGUGUAGUGGAUACAGUGGUUUGUAUGUUUGUGUGUUUGCGUCUCAGGAACGGAAGUUUAAUCUUUUUGAGCGUCUCGCACAAACUAGCAAUAAUUGACACAUACCUACCAUAACUCUUUAAGAAAAAUGAUGUUUUAGCAAUACUACAUUACAAUAGACACUCUUAUACAGAUGUUAAACUUUAGAUCCCAAUUCAUCAAUAAAUGAUCAUCUUAAGUCUAUCCGGUGAAGUAAAACGUCGUGAGGAAACCCGCACUCUAGUUGAUAUUUAUUAACUUGUGUGUGAAAUGGGGAAAGAAAUGCCAUACCACUCCAUUAAUAUUGCCAAAAAACGCGUUGUGUGUUUUCAUUCCAUGUAAUUAGUCAUGAGGGCGUAUCGUGAGCGUAUAGGAUAGACACCUUCUGUACAGGUCGCGUGGCAACAACGUUUCCAGCAAAAAAUUGGCGUGAUUGUUGCCCACUCUGUGUAAAUUUAGAAUAAAUAUAGAAAUUUGUCUCGAAUGGGUAUCCUGUGCGGGUAUUAAAAUUUUAUAAAAAUGGUGGUAAUAAAUGAAAUAAAAUGGCUUAAAACGAGCAUUGGGAUCUACCUUAAAACGACGAUAUUUUUAGCAAUAUUACUAACGAAUACAUUUAUAGUCUAGCUUAGUAUUAGGCAACAAUUGACACCUAACAUGCAUGUCCUUUCUCGCUCUGUGCAAUUUGCAUGACGGAGAUGAGAGAAGAUGAAUUCAUUUAAGUUAGAUAGAGAUGGCGAUAUGUUUCGCGUCAGUGUUGCUAUAAUUAACCAAUGCAAAGUGACAUUUUUGUAGCCAGUUUGACAGUCAAUAUCAAAUGACAGUAUUGGGAUAAAACUAAGGUAAAUGUAAAAUAGAUUUUGUAGUGAAUUUUGGUAGUUGUACUAGAUGUUAAUUAUAAAGUAACUGGAAAGAUUAAAUAGUCGUUCCUGACGUAAUGAAAUAAUUUGUAUCUAUAUCACUGUUGGUUAUGUUCAACACGAUUCAUAUUGUUGUGGUUUCAGCCAUUAGAUUGUCAACUGUGCAAGGUUUCGCAUGUCAUAGUUUCGGCAACUUAAAAGCAAAUCUUCGAAAUAAUAUGGAUCGUGUUUCGUAACUAACAUUCAGUGGAAUAAGACGGUGUCAAACUAGGGUAUUCAUUAUUUAAAGUAUUGUUAAGCAACUUGAGCUUGCCGCGUGCGGCGUUUGACGCCGAUAUACGGCCCUGGGGGCGGCGAUCUAAUACUAACCUUAACUUAAGGUCGUAAAGUACAAUAUUGUAACCAGGAAUUAUCACAGAUUAGUGAUAACAAAACAUCCGUAUUGUAUUUUAUUGAUGGUUUAUUUUUUUAUUGUGCUAAAAACUACCAGUUGAAUGGUAAAAUUGUACUUUAGUUUUGGGUCAUUAUAAUGCCAGAUUUGUAUAUCGUAAAAUUUUCAUAAUUUUAAUCUACCUGUAGUGGUUCGUUUUCUGAUACCAGAGGGCACCACUUGGGGUGAAAAUAUACAUUUGAAAGAUUAUUCUAUUUUAACAUUUUAUAUCGAUAAAAGUUGACAAAAACCUCUGGUGGUAGAUUAGCCUUCUAUCAUCAAUAAGUUCUAAUUCUAGUCAUUAUAAUUUGUUAUAGUUGUUAAUGUAGAUUUUCGGCCUAACUUUGUAUGUGGAGCCGGUCAACUGAAUUCGGUUUAUAAAUUUUACAUAAUCAAUGGAUUAUAAAGUCUAAAUAAAUCCAAAUGAUAAAGUCUGUGGAACUUUUACGCACGCAAAGUGUGUGACUGAGAUAGAUUGUAUACGUGCUACGAGCACACGUCACGCAGCGGGCUUUCAACCUUCGCUGGUUUUACAUCUCGUGUGUGAUCUUAAUGCGAGUUUUCGAUUCCAACUUUGAAGUUUACUUGUCAAAGACACAGCCAACAAAUUGCAUUGCGGCGUUGUUGUCGUCGCUACAUUUCCAGCCAGUUCGGUUAACCGGCUCAUUUAAAUAUUGUGUGUAGUAUUAGCGUUAUCGGAACCAAUCCUCGUCGUUCUAGUGACCAGUUCGAGUGCCCUCAUUUUGGCCUAAGUUAUUAGAUGUCAUUUGUGUGUUAAAGAGUGCGAUCCACGAUGGGGAAAGUAGUUGAGAUAAAAUUUUGAUUUUAUUUUCUAGAUAUUUCUUUUGACAAUUAGCAAUGCUAUGUCAAUUCUUAUUUUAUUUUUUUGUUUUAUUGAUCUAACAAUUUUAUUUAUUACUUAAUACUUUUCAUAAUGUAAUUUUCGAUAAGUGUAAGGUUUGCGAACGUAUUUGUUGUUAUAUUUUAAUUUAAAAUACAUUAAACACAAUAGCAGUAACCGUAAUAUUAAGACAAAAAAAUGAUCUAAAUUGUUUGGCGAAAAGAUAAACCAUUAUAAUUAUUAUUUGUAAAACUAUAUACAAAUAUUAUAAUAGCAAACUAAUUGUAACCAUUCCGUGUAUUCUUUCAAUUUUUUUUUUAAUUCGGUAUCGCACUCGCAUACCAGCCAGGUAUAACCGAAUAAAUUGUCGAGGUAUUCAGAUUUAUCGUAAUAUGAAUGUUUAAUAUUUGCAAUCCAUACUAUUCCUUAUAAAGGUAGGCCAAAUUGUGCACAUACCACUUAUUUACUGACUGUUCAAGCCAGUUACCUGAAAAAGAGAAUAUUCUUUUCAGAAAUGACUGUUGAUCUGAAAUAUUGAUAUUGUUUUUAAAGAUAUAUUUUAAAAUAUGUUUAGUGUAGAGUUAUGUUGACUUUUUACGGAAUACUUCACGGAUUGCAUCUACAUUGAUUUUAGAAUUGUAAUGUCGGUUCGUUUCAUAGGACUUUAUAGAUAGAUAAAAAUGUAGACAACUUCAAAUACCCGUUGUAAAGAAUUCUCUACGGCAUUGUGAUCGAAAAGCCUCAACUUUUAACCGAUUUUAUGACUUAAAGCAUUUUCAAAAGGAGAUACGGUACAUUUAUUGCACGUUUUGAUCAACAAGCCGCAGUAAAUUACAUUUACACUAUCUGGUUUCCGCAUAAUAUUUAGUACAAGUUGGUUAUAUAAACCCAUACAUCCGAGGGGUUAGUGUUGGGUCGCAAUUUACAUUUCACUAUUGAAAUGAGACCGCUCGCAGUGAAACGCCGUCAACCAAUCAUAUUGCGACAACCACACCGCAUGUGGUUAACGCUGCACAAUGAUUGGUUAGUUUCGUCUGCGUCUCACAAGAUUCGAUAUUAGAGCCCAAAGAAGAAUAUCGACUACGACUAGUAUACCCACCAAUGCCAAUUAAUUGGUGAUAAAGAAUCGAAAUACUAAGGACAACUUUACAAUUAAUAAUUUAUUUAAAGUUGUGUGUACAUUUUUAUUCUUAAAGUAGUGUCUACAUUUUUAUCCGGACAUACCUAUACCUACCCGUAGUCAUUAUGAAAUUGACGCUUACAAAAAUGUAUUUAAAUACAUUAAUAUAUUCCAUAGAUUAGAGUUUUUAAGAGAGUAUAUUAUUACCUUAUGUAGGUGAUUUGAACAAUAAUAGUAAAAAAAAUAUUACGUAUUUUAUGUAUAAAAUUGUGUAUGUUGAUUGUUGUAAUUUGGUUUAUUGGUCCAUAUAAUAUAUAGAUAUGUACCUAUUUUGUUAUGUGUAAUAAUUUAUAACACCAAAUAGUACCUUUCAUGUUUGUAUAAUUAUAUUUUAUGCGAAAAUUGUAAGCCGUGUGUAGAUGUUUUGUUGAAUAAAUGUCAUGUUUCGAAAUAA